AUGAAGCUUUCGUUUGCGCUCGCGGCUCUGGCCGGUCUUGCCGAAGGAACCAUUACAUACGUUGACCAAGAAACUGGCUUCACCUUCUCCGAGUACAAAGCCGCAUACUCACUGACCGCCAACAUCGUAUUCCGCUUCGCACUCCCCAGCAAUGCACCCUCAGGACCUUACAACGCCGUCAUCCAGACCGUUGUUCCCAACCAACUCGGCUGGAUCGGUCUCGCUUGGGGCGGCAACAUGGUCAGGAACCCGUUGACCGUCGCAUAUCCCAACGGCCAGAAAGCAACUGUCUCCUCGCGGUGGGCUACCGGCCACACUACGCCCACCUCCUACACAGGCGCAACUUACACCCUCCUUAACGCCGGCAACAAAGUCAACGGCUCCCACUGGCAGUUCACAGCCAAGUGUUCCGGUUGCACCACCUGGACCGGCACAUCAGGAUCUGUGCGGAUCGCGCCAACCAGUAGCUCUCGCCUUGCCUUUGCCUACUCAACGGGCAAAGCGUCAACGCCGUCAUCGAACACGUCUUCGAUCCCCGUGCACGACACACCGAACUACUUCACCAACGACUUCUCACAGGGCUUGAACCCGAACUUCGAUGCGCUGCUGCAGAGGAACGGUGUUUCGGACACAGGCGCAGGCGCGGUCUUUGUGGAUGGUCCGCUUUGA